GCCAAGGUUAUGCUAUUUCCUCAGCUGGCAGCGCUUCAAGUGCGUUUGCGGAUUCUACUCAACCCUCCCUUUUUGUAAUAAAAAAUUAGGAUACAGUGACAAACGCAGAAAGUGUUCAAUAGUGCCUCACCAUGCUCGAUACAAGGAGGUUAUAGUCCGUUAAUGUGUUUUUUCUAUUAAGUUAUACUUGGCAUACUCUGCUAUGGAGGGCAGAGCGGGGCUUGUGACUGGUGCCAACCAUUUUUUUUAUUUUGCCUACGGAAGCAACAUGCUGAGACAGAGGAUCCAGCUAAAGAACUCGUCUGCAACUGUUUGUUAUAUAGCAAAGUUGCCGGAUUUUGAACUCGUGUUUGGAGACCACAAGGGAAAAAGUAAUACUCGCUGGUAUGGCGGGGUAGCUAGCAUUACCCAGAGUGUUGGAAAGGAAGUGUGGGGAGUAGUAUGGAAAAUAAACAUAGAGGAUCUUGAGUCACUAGACGGGCAGGAAUCUGUGGAUAAAGGAGUAUACAGUCCGACUGAAGUUACAGUUUACACUGAAGCAGGACAGGAGCUGAUCUGCAGAACGUACCAAAUGAAUGACUGUAUACGUUCCCUGACAUCUCCACAGUACAAAAAGGUCAUAUGCCUAGGUGCAGAGCAGAAUGGACUGCCAGAUGCAUACUUAGAGAAGCUAUAUGCCACUGAAACAAAUGGUUAUAUUGGACCAGUAUCACUCAUGGAUGAAAUAGAAAAUAAACUCAAGGAAAUUGGAAAGAAUAGUAAUAUAUAGCAACAAAUAGAUGUGAUUAUCAACACUUAAAACAUUUUUGCCAGUAUUUUAAUUAAUGUUAUGCAGUUUAGAUUUCACCAUCAGUUCCGAAAACCUUACUCAUACCUGAAUCAUAUAGACUUGUCAACAAGAGUAAAUGCAGCAAGUUGGAUUAUUAAACUCCAGUGGAAAGUGCAAACUGCUGACUAUAGGGGUAAUCCCUUUCUUCGCUGUGCAAAAUUAUAAGAUGCCUGACUGUGAUUGUCUGUCCCUAGAAGAGUAAAUAUUUUUGCAGCUUCUCA